AUGUCUAAUAACGUCUAUAUUGUUGCAGCCACUAGAACCCCAAUUGGUGCCUUCCAAGGGUCUCUUUCUUCUAAGACCGCCGUUGAACUAGGUUCUAUUGCAGUUAAAGGUGCUCUUGAAAGAGUUCCUCAAUUGAACCCAGCUUCUGAUUUCGAUGAAAUUAUAUAUGGUAAUGUUCUUUCUGCUAAUUUGGGUCAAAAUCCAGCUAGACAAGUUGCCAUCGGUGCCGGUGUUAGUAAUACAAUUGUUGCAUCUACCGUUAACAAAGUAUGUGCUUCUGCUAUGAAGGCUGUGAUCUUAGGUUCUCAAUCUAUUAAAUGUGGUAAUGCAGAUGUUGUUAUUGCAGGUGGUUGUGAGUCUAUGACUAACACACCUUACUAUUUACCAAGUGCAAGAGCCGGUGCCAAAUUUGGUGAUGCUAAAUUAGUAGAUGGUGUUCAAAGAGAUGGUCUAAAUGAUGCAUAUGAUGGCUUAGCAAUGGGUGUUCAUGCUGAAAAAUGUGCAAAGGAUUGGGAUAUUACUCGUGAACAACAAGAUGACUUUGCUAUUGCAUCUUAUCAAAAGGCUCAACAAUCAACUAAUGAUGGUAAGUUUACUCAUGAAAUUACUCCUGUAACUAUUAAGGGAUUCCGUGGUAAAGCUGAUACCAUUGUUGAAAAGGAUGAUGAACCAUCUCGUUUAAAUAUUGACAAAUUAAGAUCAGCUAGAACUGUAUUCCAAAAGGAAAAUGGUACUGUUACAGCCCCAAAUGCUUCUCCAAUUAAUGAUGGUGCUGCUGCAAUUAUCUUAGUCUCCGAAAGGAAAUUGAAAGAAUUGAAUCUAACUCCAUUAGCAAUCGUUAAAGGCUGGGGUGAAGCUGCUCAAAAUCCAUGUGAUUACACGUGGUCCCCAUCUUUGGCUGUUCCUAAAGCUUUAAAACAUGCUGGUAUUGAAGAUAUAAACUCUAUUGAUUAUUUCGAAUUCAAUGAAGCAUUUUCUGUUGUUGGUCUAGCUAACACCAAGAUUUUAAAAUUAGAUCCAUCUAAGGUAAAUGUUUAUGGUGGUGCUGUUGCUAUUGGUCAUCCGCUAGGUUGUUCUGGUGCAAGAAUUAUUGUCACUUUACUAUCUAUCUUAAACCAAGAAGCAGGUAAACUAGGUGUAGCAGCUAUCUGUAAUGGUGGUGGUGGUGCUUCAUCUGUUGUCAUUGAAAAAUGCUAA